AUGAAGCUGCUGCUGUGUCUCUGUGGUGGGCUGCUGCUGGAACUCUUGGCAGUCGACUGCCAGGUGCUCACGCAGGGGCGUAUAGUUGGUGGUUAUAUACCUGCACCAAACUCCAUCAAAUAUAUUGUGUCACUGCAGAGCACGAAAGGCCGACACUUCUGUGGUGGAUCACUGAUUCACAAGUCCUGGGUGCUGACUGCAGCACACUGUAACAUUGGGGCAGAGCACAUGAUGAUAGUGGCGGGCGAUUACACCAUCAGUACCUAUGAGGGCACUGAGCAGUACUCAAAACCCCACAGGCUGGUAACCCAUCCCCUCUACAACAAGAGCACCAACAAUGCUGACAUCAUGCUCAUUAAGUUGCGGGAGCCCAUGGUGCUGAACAAAUAUGUAUCGCUGGCCCCCCUCCCCAGACAGGGCACCGGUAUGAUAGAGGGUCGGGUGUGUCGGGUGUCUGGGUGGGGCUACACCAGUCUGGUAGAAGGCCAGGUGCCCUUCACUCUGAGGACCGUCAAAGUGCCCAUUGUCUCCACUGCGAGGUGUAACAGCAGUGAGUCUUUCAACGGAAACAUCACCACAAACAUGAUCUGUGCUGGCUACAGCGCUGGUGGAAAGGACGCGUGCAAGGGAGAUUCUGGCGGGCCACUGGUGUGCGAGGGGCGCGUCUACGGUGUUGUAUCCUGGGGCAACGGCUGUGGGGACGCCAAGUUUCCGGGAGUCUACACGGCAGUAUCCAAGUUCCGCCGGUGGAUAGACCGAACCAUCUAUGGGUCCCUCUUGCGAUGUGUGAAAUACUAG